CUAAGGGAUCUUCACCUUUUUUUUUCUCCAAGAACGUACCCUCACUUUUGCACACGCAUUCCUUUCCACUCUGCUCUUUCCACUUGCUACCCUCCAAACACUACAUUACCUUAAAUACAUAGCAUAAUGCGUCUGAUACUCACACUCCCGCUGGCUAUUCUGGCUAGUGCUGUUUAUGGCGAGGACCUCAUCAAGGAUGCGCCAAAGAUCACCAAUACAAAGUCGUACGUGUCGGCAGCGUCUGUCUCAUGGGCGAGCAUCUUCUACCAAGUCAACAUGAAUAUCAAUGACGCAAAGUACUUGGGCAAGCCGGGCGACUACGAAAAGGCUGUUAGGCUGUAUGGCACCACUGCCCUACCGGCGGCCUUUGUGCCGACGUGGCCGGCUGGGUACCUGAGCCGUGCCCAGGCGCUGGCUGGUUCUCAGACGCCGACACUGACGCCAACACCGACAUCGACACAUAAGCCUACAAGCACUCCCUCGCCGACCAGCACACUCCGAAAGCUCCGAGAAAGAGCCCAGCUCGACCACUGAGCCAAACGGCGCAGUCGAUUUGCAGCCAGGAUUGGCUGUUCCCUUGGCGGUGGCAGCAGCAAUCGCAGCGGUGAUGGGCUCGCCGGGCAUUUUCUAAUUUUGCUACGCCUGGCCUACCCCAUUCAGGUGGCUUAGCCCCUUGCUCACCCGU